CAAAAUAUCAUUUCACGUUAAAAGUGUGCAGGGAAAGGUACUCGGUUGGCCACAAAUCAAGCUGUAUACGCUCUCAAUUGGAAACAAGUUCACCAUCUCCUCCGGAGAGCAGUCGAGAAUACCGUGUGCUUGGAGGCAGCCGUUGGCUGUGAUUCGUAAAACCUCAACUACGAACUUCAAACGCGAAGCACGAGAACUUGGACGUGAGAGCAGGUGCCACACGCAUAGCAAGUUUACCCUGGUGACGAGAACCACAAGUAGGCUACCCUCUCCAAUUAAAAGCCGCGAAAAGCCCAAUCAGGCAAACGAUAAAACACGGCUACAACUCAUAGAUGUUAAUGGUCUGACUUAAAACUGUUGACGAGACAGCACAAAACAGAUUAUUUUGUGGACGAAACUUGCAGACGUCACGAAUCGUCAAGUGACAUGUUACGAGGAGUCGCAGUUGCCUUGGCCGUGACGGUCCUCUGGGUGUCGGGGGGCUUUCGCGGCCUGGUCUCGGCGCAGAGGGACAGUCGAGCUUCGCUGGAGCUUGUGGACGGGGGCUACGUGAAUCUGCUGAUCGGCAUCAGUGACAGGGUUCCCAACAAUCCAGCUCUGCUAGACCGCAUAAUGUUUGUCUUCACCGAAGCUUCCAAAUUCCUGUUUCAAGCUACCAAGAAGCGUGCCUACUUUAAAGACAUUCACAUCCUGGUUCCGGAGAGUUGGGAAGACUCGGCAGAGUAUUCCAUCGUUACUUGGCAGCGCUUCGACCAAAGUGACGUCCUCGUCGACUUCUCGGGAGCGAAUAAGACAAACCUUCCGUACACGAACAGAUCAACACCGUACACGAACAAGGCAACACCAUGCGGAGAACCCGGGCAAUUCAUUCAUCUAACUCCGGAAUACAUACUAUCGCAGAGUAUUGCAAACCCCUAUGGACCUUAUGACAAGGUGGGGGGAGGUUCUUAGGCCAAAAAAAAAAGUCUCCGGUUUCUGGU